GUGUGUUUUGAGGCACAAGUUGUGACAGUUUAUUCCCACCGUUGCAGCCGCAGCCUCCGUCUCUCUCUGAGCCAAAUGUCGACGUCGGCGUUUGAUGCUCUGAUGUCGGGCGCACGGGCUGCCGCCGCUAAGAAGAAACAUCCGCCGGAGCAUACAUCAGACAAGAAAAGGAAAGCCUCAGAGUUGCAGUCUGUUGUUCACUCCCAAAAUCCUUCUAACAGCGCCGAACUGAAGGAGCGGAUUUUACGUCUGAAGAAGAAGCCUUCGGAGUUUGAUCCCAUCACGGUUGCUUGGUGGGAGAAGGGUGAACCUGUUCCGUUUCUGUUCCUCUCUUUGGCAUUUGAUAUGAUCAGUGAAGAGAGUAGCAGGAUUACAAUGACGGACAUUGUGUGCAACCUUUUGAGGUCUGUCAUUUACGCUACCCCUGAGGAUCUCUUGCCUGUCGUUUAUCUAUCUGCAAAUAGAAUCGCUCCACCACACGAAGGGUUGGAAUUGGGAAUCGGUAAAGCUUCCAUUAUCAAGGCGCUUGCUGAAGCCUGUGGUAGAACUGAGAAGCAUAUUACCCAGCACUAUAAGGAUUUAGGUGACUUGGGCUUAGUUGUCAAAGCUAGUCGUUUGGCUCAGUCUAUGCUGCGGAAGCCUGCUGCAUUGACUAUUACUAAAGUUUUCAACACCUUUCGUCUUAUUGCUAAGGAAUCUGGAAAAGACAGUCGAGAGAAGAAAAAGAAUCAUAUAAAGUCACUUCUUCUUGCAGCAACUGACUGUGAACCUUUGUAUCUAAUCCGUUUGCUACAGAAAGAGUUGCGGAUUGGAUAUGCUGAGAAAACUCUCUUAUCUGCAUUGGGACAAGCAGCAGUGUACUCUGAAGAACAUUCUAAACCGCCUCCUGAAAUUCAGUCUCCUUUAGAAGAGGCUGCAGAAAUCGUUAAACAAGUAUAUUCUGUUCUCCCUGAUUAUGAAAAAAUAGUAUGUGCACUGCUUAAGGAUGGUGUAUGGCAGCUUCCAAAGACAUGCAAUUUUACUCCUGGUGUUCCAGUUGGGCCUAUGCUGUCAAAACCAAUCACCAGUGUAUCCGAAGCUGUAAAUAAGUUCAAGGACGUAGGGUUCACGUGUGAAUACAAAUACGAUGGAGAGCGUGCUCAGAUACAUUACAUGGAGAAUGGCUCAGUUGAGAUUUACAGUAGAAAUGCAGAAAGGAACACUGACAAAUUUCCUGAUGUUGCAGCUGCAGUUUCAAGGUUAAAGAAAAGAACAGUAUCAUCAUUUGUUCUUGAUUGUGAAAUUGUUGCAUAUGACCGUACAAAACAGAAAAUCCUUCCUUUACAGGUGCUUAGUACCCGGGCUCGCAAAAAUGUAGCUGUGAGUGAUAUAAAGGUUGAUGUAUGCAUAUUUGCUUUUGAUUUGUUGUAUCUUAAUGGCCAAGCACUACUUCAGGAAAACCUGAAAAUUCGUAGAGAGCAUCUUUAUGCUUCAUUUGAGGAGGAAUCUGGAUUUCUUCAGUUUGCAACAUCAAUGACAUCAAAUAAUGCUGAGGAAAUGCAAAAGUUUCUUGACGAAGCUGUGGAUGCAAGUUGUGAGGGAUUGAUUAUUAAAACAUUAAAUAAAGAUGCUACAUAUGAACCUUCCCAGCGGUCACUCAACUGGCUAAAACUGAAGAAAGAUUAUUUGAAAAAGAUAGGGGACACACUAGAUUUGGUACCUAUUGGUGCUUUCCACGGUCGUGGGCAACGUGCAGGAGUCUAUGGUGCCUUUCUCCUUGCUUGCUAUGACAACGAUAAGGAAGAAUUUCAAACUAUUUGUAAGACAGGAACUGGAUUCUCUGAAGAAGAGCUUGAUGAAAGUUUUGCUAGCCUCGGCUCUAAAAUGAUUCCAAAACCAAAGGCAUACUAUAGACAUGCAGAGAAAAUCAAACCUGAUGUCUGGUUUGAAGCCACUGAGGUGUGGGAGGUGAAAGCUUCAGACCUCACCAACAGCCGCGUUUACCAAGCUGCAAUGGGCUUAGUAUAUUCAGAUAAGGGCAUAUCUCUUCGAUGUCCACGUCUAAUUCGAGUUCGGCAUGACAAAGCUCCUGAGCAGGCCUCGUCGUCUGAAAUGGUUGCUGAAAUGUAUCGUGCUCAAAAACAGAACCAUCCCGAACAAAUGGAAGACAACAAUUGAAAACUCAUAGAUCUUACUAUACACUUACUUUCUCUUUUCUCUCUCAUCUUCAUUUCACUUCUUCCCAUCCCUCAAUGACUAGAUCUACACACAUGCUCACAGUAAAUAAUAUGAUACUCUCAUCAAUAAUCUUUACGAGGGAGUAAAGAUUUUUUUCAUUGUUCAUUUCAACUUUUUUAUGGUUAUUUUUCCCCUCAAUUUUUCCAUGUACUUAUCUUUCACAUCAUACUUUUGUAUCUUGUCUUGAAUAGAUAUUAUAAUGGAUGCUAACAUAAGCUCUAUUAAUGGGUGUUGCACCAA